UUAAGAAUACAUAAAAAAAACUUAAAUAUAAAUGUGCCCAAUAUAUUUGGAAAAUAUACUGUUAAAUAUUCAAAGUAUUUUCCUGAUUAAUUACUUACAAAGGGCUUAUUUAAUUAUUAUUAUUUCGUCCUUCACGGGUGUAAUCUUUGCGUAUAACAUAAACAUAGGCGAUAUCAUCAUUCCAUUAUAGUAAUGCAUAAAAAACAAUUUUCUACUUUUCUUACUAUUGUCUUCUUUUCUUAAUAUAUAGAAUAUAAAACCUUUGCAUUACGAAAAUCUAUCAAUUCUUUUAUUGAUAUGUUUUCCUCAUAAAUAUAGACAUAGCAAUAUAUAUAUAUAUAUAUACAUUUACAUAAAUUCGAUAAUAAUCAUCAACUUGAACGUGUUUAGAUGCAUUUGUAUGAUGCGACUGAACAACGUGAAUAAAUUACAAUCAAUUUUAUGCUCAGAAUUUCAUAUGUAAUUAUAUAAGUGUACAAAUACUUACAGUUGCAACAGUAGCGACUAAGCCCAAUUUAGAGACUCCCACUGCUGUUGUUGCUGCCACUUUAGGUACAAUAAUUUCAGAAUAGGCUUUCCCGUAAUAGGGUUUUACAUCAAAUCUUUCUUCCCUCGAACCUCUAUAAGGAUAUGGAUAUGAUAUUCCCUGUAAAUUAAAUAGGUAGGUAUACGUUAUUUUAUAGUUGUAAGUCACUAACGAUGUAUGUAUCGAUAGAAGACAGGAGUAAUAUUUUGAAUAUAAUAUCAAACAUAAUGUAGGUGAUUGAUGUUCUUAUGAUAGAUGUCAUAUAUGUAAAAUGUUUAUAAAUAUACUGCUACAUUAUCAUUCAUCAUAAUGUCAGUAAAGUCAAUUGAUAUUUGUUUCCGUGAAACCAUUAAAUAAUCGAAUUGGUCUAAAAUAAAAACAAAUUAAUACGAAACUUACCCGGUAUGCACUAUUUGAAUCUCCGUAAUCAAUCAAAUUUUCUAAAUCAUCAAAGUCUCUUGACGCUAAAGCUGCGCCCAAUGCAAAUACAGUCUACACUGCACAUAACUUCUAAAACAAUUACCAAGAUGACUCGUGCAAUCGUAAUCAUUGCAGUGAUCUGUUGGACUGGUAUAUCAGCAGCUGUUCCUUCUUAUCCAGUAUACAUUAAUCCAUAUCCUGAACACAGAGGAGAUAUAAAUCCUCUAAAGGCUAUUGAUGACAUCCCUUCGAAUGCGUAUGAAUACCAUAUUAUUCCCAGUGAUGGAUAUCCUCUUGCCGAGUUCGACAGUUCCGCUCAAUGGUCUAUCCUUGAUUACAUUCCCAGUCCUAUCACUGCAAUUACUAAAGUGGCAUCAAAAGCUCUUAGUGUAACCAAAUGGUUCAUAAUCAAUGGUGGAUUGGUAGUCCUCGGAAUGGCUCUAGUAAUCGGUUUCUGUGCUUUCACUCCAUAUUGCACAUUGAUAAUUGAAAAACCUUUCGCAAGAAAAAUCCGAUCACUUAAUAUUCCAUACUUAGAUGACGUAGAGUUAUAUCUGAAAGAAGCUUAUACCAAAUAUCACGCAAUGCAAGAGGACUAAUUUUAUUUAUUGUAACUUAGGUAGAUAUGACUUAUUUA